CACAAACGCAUACUUCAUCCGGCGAGACAGAGAGCAGGUCCACAUCCAUGACCUACCUAUAUUUCUUGAUAGCGCCAAGCUUCGAGAUGGUCUUCUGAAGGCUUCUAAGUACCUAAUGUGAGUAGGUCACUGUGAGAGUAUUGUAUUUAAAUUAUUCAAUACUCCAAAUAAAAAGCGCUGAUUUUGACCGAAGCUGUACCAAUGGCGAACUUGCAGUUUAAGACAUCCUUAACCAACCCGCCCGAUGGAGAUGAGGUGGUGGUGUCAGGUAUAUCGGGACGAUUUCCACAGUCGGAAAAUGUUAACGAAUUCUUUGAAAAGUUGAUGGGCGCGAAAGAUCUGCUAACCCCAGUUCCAGAUGAAUGGAGAGCGCUUUGCCCGAAUCUCCCGCCGAGAAUGGGCAAGGUGAAUGGUUGGCACAAGUUUGAUGCGGGAUAUUUCGGCAUGCAUUACCACCAAGUCAAUGCUUUGCAUCCGGUCUGUCGCGUGCUGCUGGAAGGCGCAGUUGAAGCGAUUUUGGACGCCGGUCUGGAUCCACGAGAUCUAGUCGGAACCAAGACAGGAGUGUUCUUUGGAGUUUUCCAUUAUGAAUUGGAUCUGCCGCGGCACAACGAUCUCACUCUUGGCAUCGAUGGACGCAUCAGAGAUAGCGUUGCUCAAGUAAUCAGCCACUACCUACGUUUGGAUGGUCCGACUUUGUCCAUCGAUUCGGCGUGUAGUAGCUCCGGACUUGCGUUGGAGCACGCUUUUAGAGCAAUUCGCGAGGGUAGAUGCGACAAUGCGAUAGUUUGCAGCGCCAAUUUGAUACACAGCCACCAUAUCACGUGGUUAACGCAUCGCCUGGGGAUCCUAGAUCCACGUGCUGAGAAUAACGUACUCAAUGACAAUGCUAAUGGAUACGUAAGGGCAGAGGCGUGCGUCGCUAUGCUCUUGCAAAGGUUUCGGGAGUGCAACAGGUCCUACGCGCAGAUAUUACACGCGAAGACCAACAGCGAUGGCUUUAAAGAGGAGGGCAUUAUGCAUCCCUCUGGGAAAUCGCAGGCGGAGUUAAUUCGUGAGAUGUACGAGGAGUGCUCGUUUAAUCCGCUGGACGUGAACUACGUGGAGGUCCACUCGACAGGCACAAGGGCGGGAGUUCCCGAGGAAGCGGGUGCGAUUGAGGCGGUAUACUGUGCAGGUCGGCGGCUACCGUUAAAGAUCGGCUCGUGUAAAUCAAACAUGGGGCAUUCGGAACCGGUCUCCGCCUUGUGUUCACUGGUGAAGGUUCUGCUCGGAAUUGGUCGCGACCAAAUUCCGCCGAGUAUCAACUGUGCGAAUCCGAGACGUGACGUGCCAGCGUUUCGUUGCGGAACAAUUGUUGCGAAUGCCCAGGUUUUGAAUAUUGACAGAGACAGAUAUAUAGGUGUCAACAAUUCGGGGUUUGGUGGUACUAAUGCUCACAUUCUUGUCAAAAGGCUUGACGUAAAGCCACGUGAGGAGCUCAAACACCAUUUCGUUUGCGUCAGCGCUAGGACACGAAGCGGUCUUGAGCAAAUUCUAACUAGUCUGGUCCAGAAUGCUAGUAACGAGGAUUACCUCCAACUUGUCCCGCACCUCUUCAGACAUGAUGCAGACCUUUUCCUUUAUCGUGGAUUUGUGCAUGUCUCCAAUGGCGAGGUGAGAUCUCAGCACCUAGGUGAAAAGCUAUCAUUCACCACGCGCCUGAGGUUGGCCUUACUGAGGUUAAACCAUACGUAUGGUGUAAAUAUGAACGGAUUUGAAGAAAUAGGGUUGUUUGACGAAAUCAAACGAAGGCAUGGAUCCGAACCAAUGGCAAUGGAGGAUGCCAUAAGUCAGGCUCUGAGGAUACUUGAACUUCCUGUGGAAUACGAAGAACUAUCCGAAUGCUCCGGAAGAAAAACUGAUGAUAGUAUGUGUCACUCCACGUCCCAGUCACAACAGAAAGCAACGAAUGGCGUGUCAGUACUCUUCGCCGAUUCCGUAAUGAAAAUCGACGGCGUGGACUCAUUUUUCCGCACUAUAGGCUGGCUCUUCACCAUGGGGUUCAACCCAAAAGUUGAAAAACUCCAACCAGUAAUGGAUUCGCCGGUUAAUGCUCCACCAAUAUCUCCGUUAAUAAGGUGGGACCACCAAGAGGAUUGGUUUGUAGCGAGCGCACGAGAUAACGCCAAAAGUGGAUCCGAUGUAAUUACCAUCAACUUGGAAAACGGCGAUGAGGAUUGGAAAUUUUUGCACGGUCACGUCAUUGAUGGUCGCAAUUUUCUGCCGGCCUCCGCACUUUUCCAUUUCGUUUGGGCGACCUUUGGAAAGAUCACCAAGACAGUGAUAAGUGAGACGGCUGUCUUGUUUGAGAACUGUCAGAUCCAUAGGUCGAUAAUUUUGUCGAAGGAGUCGAUAAUCCAACUGUCGGUGCAGAUUUUCAGACUCACUAAGCGUUUCGAGGUGACCCAAUCUGGUGAACUGGUGGCGAGCGGUACCGUAAAGGUCCCGAAAUUCGCCCACGAGCAGGCAGUAGAAGGUCUGCCAAUUUCAGGUGUUAUCGGUCGACCUCUUCUACUAAAUUCGGCGUACAAGCAGUUGAGUUUGUGGCAUUAUCAAUACAGGGGCGAGUUUUGCGGUCUCGAAGAGAUUGAUCUAGGAGCCACUCGGGCGUUGGUGAAGUGGAACGAUAACUGGAUUACGUUUAUUGACCAUAUGUUAACCACGCGGUUCUUCAAGCCGAGCUGUAAAAGUUUGACUGUACCGUCGGCGGUGGAACGACUGAUAAUUGACCCAAUCGGACAUAGUCAAAAUUCCGAGCCGGUCUGGUCACCCAACGAUUGCUCAAUCAUUAAGUCGAAGUGCGCGGAGGUCAGAGGUUUGGAAUUUAAAUCGAUCCCCAGAAAGGCAACUUCGGCCACUCCCACUUUGGAAUCCUACAGGUUCGUCGGGUACAACGGAAAAAUGAGCGCCGCCGAAGCGCUGCGCGUGGUUGUGGAAAUUGUAGUGCAGAACACACCAGGGAAUUAUCUACUUGUAGCUGACCUCACUAAUGGGCUCGACUCGCUCUCCUCACCCAUCUCCAGUUUGCUGGACGAAUUCCUGGUGCAUAGGACUAUAGUUUCCGGUUCCAUUCCAGAUGACACAAACCUGGUUAUCGGGUCGCGCACUUCUGGGGACGUUGAGGUGGUAAAUGCUAUUAUGAGCAGAUUGAAAGAGAACGCCUUCCUUUUAUUAAGAGAGCACCCAGACUGUGUCUUCGACCGAGAAAUAAUCGCUUCCUAUCGCACUCCCACUGAGACUUUGUACCUGCUCCGUAAAGUCGAAAACCUAGCGAUUCCGCUAGCCGUUCACAUUACCGAUGACCUUAGCUGGCUGUCCCAAGUGCAAUCCGCCCUGGGUGCCAAUCUGAAAGUGCUCUUAGUGGCCCAAGAUGAUAAAACGAGCGGAAUAAUCGGACUGGUCAACUCCUUGAAAAAAGAGUACGACGUGCUUUCGCUUUCCUGCAUGUUCCUAGUGGACGACUGUCCCAAAUUUGACGUGGACCACAAUUUCUACGUGAACCAAAUGAGGAAAUCGCUGUUUAUGAACGUUUGGAAAGAAGGAAAGUGGGGCUCUUACAGACACUUCCCUUUGGAGGUGGAGGAGCUCGAAAGUGACAGUCGCGUGGUCGGAAUAAUCGAUAAGGGUAACAUUGCGAGCUUCCAAUGGGCUUUAGGGCCUCCAUUGCAAAACUCUACAACUCUUACUCAGGUAUAUUACGCUGGAUUAAACGUCGAGGAUCUCAUGAUUGCCAAUGGAAAAGCUGACAUUAAUCCGUGGGAUGACAGAUGCGAGGCGAACAAAUUCUGCUUGGGUUUCGAGUUCUCCGGGAGAAAUGCAAGAGGAGGCCGAGUAAUGGCAAUGGUCCAAGAGGCCGCGUUGGCUAACAUGGCAGAACCGUGUCAGUACUUCACCUUUAACGUACCAGACACGUGGAGCUUGGAGGAGGCAGCCACCGUUCCCAAGACGUACUGCACUGUCCUAUACGGUCUCAUAUUGCUCGGCAGGAUUCGGCGUGGACAAACUAUUUUACUGGACACCGGAGACGUCGGUCAGUGCGGCGUUAACGUCGCGACUUACUUUGGCUGUCAGAUAUUUACCACGGCCCACCAAAUGGGUGCGUCCCUCCAACGGCUCAUAAUGAAAGCGACCUACGGUAAAGGUGUCGAUAUCGUGCUUGGUUCGCUAUCCGAAGACAAACUGGCACACUUACGUUACGUUGCACCAAGAGGGAUUUUUUUGAACGUUGUCAAUUACGACUCCCCCAACAGCUUCGAUUUAAGUCACCUGUCCAACAACCGCACUUUUGCAUCAAUCAACCUGCGUGCGAUUUUUGAGGCCGACCAAAAGACAAAGAAGCAGCUUAAUCACUUGGUGAAUCAAGGGAUUCGUAUUGGAUACGUCAAACCAAUUCCAAGAAGAGUGUUUGAGGCGGACAGUGUAACAGAUGCUCUCAACUGCAUCGGGACUACUGGUAAAGUCAUUGUCAAGGUUAGAGACGAAGAACCGUUCACAGUCGAAUCUCCACGAAAGAUGGCGCUGUUGGCAAAGCCUAGAUUUUACUGCGACAGCACGAAGGUAUACAUUCUAGUGGGAGGAUUGGGAGGUUUCGGUCUUCAACUGGCCGAAUGGCUGGUCCAGCGCGGUGCCCGGAAUUUGGUUUUAGUCUCGAGACGUCGGGAUGUUACCGACUACCAAAGCUACAAGCUCGAGAUUUGGAAGGAACGAGGUGCCAGGGUCAUCGUGUCCAGGCACAAUCCCGUAACCUUGACGGGUUGCGAGACGUUAAUAGGCGAAUCGCGCAAGUUGGGCCAAAUCGAUGGCAUUUUUAAUUUGGCGGCCGUUCUUCACGAUGGACUAUUCGAGUCGCAAACCAAGGAGACCUUUACCAAGACCUUUGCGCCCAAAGCAACCGUGACCGCAAAUUUGGAUGUGGUCAGUCGACGCUUGUGUUCAAAUCUAAAACACUUUGUCGUUUUCUCAUCAAUAGUUUCUUGGAAAGGCAACGUUGCACAAACGAACUACGCCAUGGCGAACGUAGUCAUGGAAAGAAUUUGCGAGGUCCGCAAAGAGGAGGGACUUCCGGCGCUCGCAAUACGAUGGGGCCUAAUCGGUGACGUAGGAAUGUUAGAAGAUAACGAAAACCUCAAACAAAUGGAGGUGAUAGCAGACACCGUUAGGCAAGAAAUUGAAUCGUGCCUACAAGUCAUGGAUAUUCUCCUAAUGCAAAACACUCACGCUGUUGUGUCAAGUAGCGUGCUUGUCGACCCCAGCGCCAACAAUAACGAGAAGGAGCUGGGUCUACUAGACGGUUUAGGAAAAAUUAUUGGUGUCAACUUAAAUCAUGUCAGUCCAAAUGCAAAUUUAACCCAGUUGGGAAUGGAUUCCAUUGCUGUCGUUGAAAUUAAGCAAUUCUUAAUGGACAAAUAUAAAAUCUCUAAAAGUCUACGAGAGAUGAGGAGUAUGACCCUUAAUCAGAUAAGGGAGGAAGAAAUGAAAUUAAAAGCCCGAUAAGGUCCAAUUCCUCUUUAAUGUAAUGUAUCUAAUUACAAUAUUCUAUUUA